GCGAGGAGUAGGGAACGGCAGGAACACGGUUCGAGUGAAAAAACACAUUCAAUUUUCGAUUCACCCCACCGAAAACGCGGCGCUCACACGAUCGCGGUUCGAUCCGACGACGGAUCGGUUGUUGUAAAUCCCACGGGAAACGUACGGUGUAACAACGCGUGUUAAUUAUAUUAUUAUACCGAAUUUAGAGAUUUCGGUUUCUGCGCCCAGUCGUAUCAAAAGUAUUUUGCUCGAGUCCAGAGGCGUUGUGCGGUAACCCCGACGAAAUGCAGACACAAACACAUCAUCAAAUACCCGGAGCCACGGUGAUAUUGAAACUCGAGGACAACGUAGCGUCGGCCGGUUUACUCGAGCUGGCACACAGAGAAUAUCAAGCAGGCGACUAUGAAAGUUCCGAAAGACAUUGUAUGCAGCUUUGGCGCCAAGAGCCAAACAAUACCGGCGUACUACUGCUCUUGUCUUCGAUACACUUUCAAUGCAGACGAUUAGACAAGUCUGCACAAUUUUCGUCGUUGGCUAUUAAACACAAUCCACUUCUUGCCGAAGCAUACAGCAAUUUAGGAAAUGUUUUCAAAGAGAGAGGGCAACUUCAAGAUGCAUUGGACAAUUAUCGGCAUGCUGUUCGGUUGAAACCAGACUUUAUCGACGGCUACAUAAAUCUCGCAGCUGCUUUGGUGGCUGCCGGCGAUAUGGAACAAGCGGUUCAAGCGUAUGUAACUGCACUGCAAUAUAAUCCUGAGUUGUAUUGCGUUCGAAGCGAUCUUGGGAAUUUGUUAAAAGCAUUAGGCAGAUUGGACGAAGCUAAGUCAUGCUACCUGAAAGCUAUUGAAACUAGACCAGACUUUGCGGUGGCUUGGAGCAAUUUGGGAUGCGUAUUCAAUUCGCUCAAUGAAAUAUGGCUGGCUAUUCAUCAUUUCGAAAAGGCCGUCGCUCUAGAUCCAAAUUUCCUAGACGCUUACAUCAACCUGGGAAACGUUUUGAAAGAAUCCAGAAUUUUCGACAGAUCGGUAUCGGCUUAUUUGCGAGCACUUGCGUUGAGUCCGAACAAUGCCGUCGUUCACGGAAACUUGGCUUGUGUGUACUACGAGCAAGGGCUGAUUGACUUGGCUAUUGACACUUACCGUCGGGCAAUAGAAUUACAACCAAACUUCCCGGACGCUUACUGCAACUUGGCAAACGCUCUUAAAGAAAAAGGACAGGUGUCGGACGCCGAAGAAUGUUACAACACGGCUUUGAAAUUAUGUCCGACUCACGCCGAUUCGCUGAACAACUUGGCCAACAUCAAGCGCGAACAAGGAUACAUAGAAGAAGCGACAAAACUGUACUUGAAAGCUUUGGAAGUGUUCCCCGAGUUCGCUGCCGCCCAUUCCAACUUGGCGUCCGUGCUUCAACAGCAGGGCAAAUUGACCGAAGCCUUGAACCAUUAUCAGGAGGCCAUUCGUAUUCAGCCUACGUUUGCAGAUGCUUAUUCAAACAUGGGCAACACGCUGAAAGAAAUGCAAGACGUGCAAAACGCCCUCCAGUGUUACUCCAGGGCCAUUCAAAUUAAUCCCGCUUUCGCCGACGCUCACAGUAACUUGGCGUCCAUCCACAAAGAUUCCGGAAACAUACCCGAAGCCAUCGCUUCUUACAGGACCGCACUGCGCUUGAAACCCGACUUCCCCGAUGCCUAUUGUAACUUGGCUCAUUGCUUGCAAAUUGUAUGCGACUGGACCGAUUACGAUGCGCGCAUGAAGAAACUGGUCAGUAUAGUCGCCGAGCAAUUGGAAAAGAACCGUCUGCCGUCGGUACAUCCGCAUCAUUCUAUGUUGUAUCCGUUGUCGCACGCUUUCCGCAAGGCGAUUGCAGGCCGACACGCUGCUUUGUGUUUGGAGAAAAUACAAGUGUUACACAAACCGCCCUACAAGUACUUGAGAGAAUUGGCUCCCGGCAACAGAUUGCGCAUUGGGUAUGUUUCGUCAGAUUUUGGCAAUCAUCCGACAUCGCAUUUAAUGCAAUCCAUUCCCGGUCUACACAACCGAGACAAAGUGGAAAUAUUUUGCUACGCGUUAUCGACUGACGACAACACUGCCUUCAGGUCGAAAAUCGCCAGAGAAGCCGAACAUUUUAUCGAUCUUUCGCACAUCCCAUGUAAUGGAAAAGCAGCCGACAAAAUCAACAAUGAUGGUAUACAUAUUUUGGUCAACAUGAAUGGCUACACAAAAGGAGCGAGAAAUGAAAUAUUUGCUUUACGUCCUGCCCCGAUACAGGUGAUGUGGCUCGGAUAUCCGGGCACAAGCGGCGCUCCGUUUAUGGACUAUUUAAUUACGGACGUGGUUACUUCACCGGUGGAAUUGGCGUCGCAGUACAGCGAGAAAUUGGCUUACAUGCCGCACACUUAUUUCAUUGGAGAUCACCGGCAAAUGUUCCCUCAUCUCUGCGAACGUAUCAUAUUGUCUGACAAGACGGGAAACAAAAAGGACGUUGCCGACAAUGUAGCCGUUAUCAACGCUACAGAUUUGUCGCCCAUCAUCGAGAAUUCCAACAUCACAGAAAUCAAACAAGUCAUCGUAUCGGAAAUCGCAGACUCUAAACUGACACGACCAGUCGAGGUCAAUCUUAAAGUGGCUGAAUUGCCGACGACCACUCCUAUCGAGACAAUGAUUGCUUCUGGACAAAUUCAAACUUCGGUUAAUGGCGUCGUCGUACAAAACGGCUUGGCGACCAAUCAGACAAACAACAAAGCAGCUACGGGCGAAGAAGUUCCGCAGAAUAUAGUCAUUACCACACGUCAACAGUACGGUUUACCCGAAGACGCAGUGGUCUAUUGUAAUUUUAAUCAAUUGUACAAAAUCGAUCCCAACACCCUUCACAUGUGGGUUAACAUUUUGAAAGCCGUUCCAAAUGCAGUGUUGUGGCUGCUCCGUUUCCCGGCUGUUGGCGAGACACACAUCCACAAUACCGCUGCCAACUUGGGCAUCGGUCCUGGACGCAUAUUGUUCAGUAACGUAGCAGCCAAGGAGGAACACGUACGUCGAGGACAACUGGCCGACGUGUGCUUGGACACGCCGCUGUGCAACGGUCACACCACCAGCAUGGACGUGUUGUGGACAGGCACGCCCGUCGUUACCUUGCCGGGAGAGACGUUGGCAUCGAGAGUUGCCGCCUCACAAUUGGCUACACUUGGUUGUCCGGAAUUGAUCGCGAGGACGAGAGAGGAAUAUCAAGAUAUCGCGAUACGAUUGGGAACAGACAAAGAAUAUUUAAAAACGAUGAGAGCCGAAGUGUGGCGUGCGCGCUCGGAGAGUCCGUUGUUCAAUUGUUCGAUAUACGCCAACGGUCUGGAAAGGUUGUACAGAGCAAUGUGGGAUAAACACGACAAAGGCGAAAAACCCGAUCACAUAUUGUCUCUAGAAAAAUAUUAACACUCCCGUUCGAGUACGACGGAGGCAAGUUUAAAACACAUGCGGACAGCGGAGACAAAGUCGUUGAUGUCAAUCGCAGUAGUUGUCUCGUAAAAACUUAUAUAAGUAAUAAUACAAAUAUUUGAAUAAUGUAAAAAAAAAAAAAAACCAAAAAAAACGAGAAUCAUAAGUUUUUUCUUUUCUUUCUUUUUUUUUUUUAUGAUAGUGGAUUUUGUUUUUUUGUAAAUAGUAGCAAUAGGUCGUCGUAUUAUGUGUAACGGUUACGAUAUACAUAUAUAUAUAUAUUAAAAAAAAAUCCUCAUUCCGAUUGGACUAUUUUAUAUAAGUUACGAAUAUUAUUUAUAUAUAUUUUUUAUUAUUAUCGAUGAGAUGAUUGUUUUUAGUGUCAAUG